AGAGACGAAGAGACACGGCUAAUACUGUAGGUAGUGGGAAGUUAUGAUUAACUUUCCCUAAAAAUAAAAGCCGUCUUCGUUUUCAGAGUCAUCGCCAGUUUCCCGAAAUCAAGUUCACUGUACAAUCACAGGUAGCCUUUUGUCUUCUACAAUUGGAAGAUUUCACCGAUUCCUACACAGCCCCUGAUUUAGUCUUCGAUAAAAUUAGCUGGGCUGAGCAGCGAGAGGAGAGAGAUCAGAGAAGAAGAUGGAAAAGAAGGAAGAAGAUGAGUUUGUAUCUGGGACAUUCAAGUGGAAAAUUGAAAAUUUCUCCAACUUGAAGGACCGCAAGUGUUAUUCUGAUAUUUUUGCCAUCGGCGGUUUUAAAUGGCGGGUGCUUCUAUUUCCGAAGGGGAACAGUGUGGACUACAUAUCCUUGUAUUUAGCUGUCGUAGAUCACUCAACAUUGGCGUCUGGGUGGACUAUAUAUGCUAAAUAUAGUUUAACAUUGGUUAAUCAACUUGAUAGUUCCUUGUCAAUAACAAAAGUCACUGAGCAUGAGUUUAAUUCGGAGGAGUCAGACUGGGGAUUCACUUCAUUCAUGCCUUUAAGUCAGAUCCGUGACCUUUCUGAAACCCAUUUUGUAAAUGACAUUUGUAUUGUUGAAGCCGAUGUCUCCAUCCGUAAGUGUGAUAUUAAAAUAUUAGACCAAGAAAGUGGUGAGCUUCUGGAUUUUAAGGGUUUAGGACUUAUAGAGUUGGCUUUUCAUCCACUGUUAGAGGAAGUAUUUUUGUCACACCCUAUUUUGAAAGAGUACCAACAGAAAAGAAGUCGUACGUUUGUGGAAUGUGCAUUUACAACAUUUGGUCGACUCCUUCAUUUCCUGAAGACUACGAAGGUGAAGGACUUGAACCAAGAUGGCUAUGAGAGGCUUCAGCUUUUGUGGGAGGAGCUCGAGACCUUUAAAUUUGACCUGGCUUGGCUGCAGCCUCAUGUUGAAUCUGUUUUUGGUAUGAAGAACAUGGCAGGAAGAGUGGGCAGAAUGAGAGAAGAUGUCAAUAUUUUGGAGGAUGAAAUAAAGAGGCGGAGGGCUAUGCUUGCAGCUGCAGAGUUAGACCUUGAGAAAGCAAAAGAAGAUUUGGCAAAGGCAGAACAGGGGUUUUACAAGGCAGUUGAUGUGGAUUGUGUAAUUGGCUAUCCGUUGGCUUAAAUGUAGAAUUUGAAUGUUAUCCAGUCAAGUACUAUCUUGUUCAAUUAAGACUCAGUUAUGUUAUGUUUGCUUUCUUUUACUUCCAGUAGGAUCAGACCAGUAUGUUCUGAGUUGUUUGCAUUUAAAAUAUAAUGCUUUGUAAUCGUCAUUACUUCAUUUCAUUCUCGUUGAGCUUUUGUUAUCAUAUCCAUGCACGUAUUUUCUACUCUAAUGAUUCACUUGUGUUAAGUUCUGUAAUUCAAGAACUCUGAAUUUCUCGCUUUA